AUGGCUCCAUCACUAGAGGAACCCAUUGUGCCGUCUGCCCCUCUGGAAAUCCGGAGCAAGUCGCUGGCCAAGGGCACCACCACCAACAAGUUCAGCUACGAACCCGGCCGGACUGUGGUUCAGAAGCACGACACCUAUGCCUACGAGGACUUGCUGCCUUCGUUCCCUGACCUGCACUGGGACGCCAUCGGCCCUGUGCCAUACCAGGAGAAGGGCCUGCUGGGGGAUCCGGCCUUCAAGAAUCUGUUGGACGCCGCCACAGACGUCUUUGAUUAUACUCCCAAGAUCGGAACUGAGAUCCACGGAGUCGAUCUGGCAAACUUGACCGAUGCUCAGAAGAAUGAUCUCGCCCGUCUAAUUGCCGUCCGUGGCGUCGUGUUCUUCAGAGGGCAAGAUAAUUUGGAUGUCAACGCCCAGCGUGAACUAGGUCGCUACUUUGGCUCUCUCCAUAAGCAUGCGACAACUGCUACCCCCAAAAACGGGCUCGAAGAUGUCCAUGUUGUGUACACGGGUGACAACUCUCUUGACCAGAGGGCUCUAUUUUCUCCAAGUUUUCUGUGGCAUUCAGACGUGACAUAUGAGGUUCAACCACCAUCUUAUACUUCCUUGAAGGUCCUUACAGGCCCUCCACGCGGUGGCGGUGGCGACACCCUGUGGUCGUCGCAGUACGCAGCAUACGAUGCGCUGUCGCCACACAUGCAAACCUAUCUCAAGGGCUUGACAGCUCUACACUCUGCAGACAUGCAAGCCAACGACACCAAUGCUCUCGGCCGCACUGUCCGGCGGCCCCCCGUCACAACAGAGCACCCCCUGAUCCGCACAAAUCCAGUCACCGGAUGGAACAGUCUGUGGUUCAACCCAGGCUUUGUCACUGGUAUUGUCGGCGUGCCCAAGCUCGAGAGUGACACGAUUGUGCGGUAUCUGACGGAGAUCAUUACCGCCACACAAGAAGCACACGUCCGCUUCCAGUGGGGGGUAAACGACGUUGCGUUUUGGGAUAACCGAGUCACUAACCACUCUGCCUCGUAUGGCUUUGCGCCACACCGUCGCCAUGCCGUGCGCGUUGCAGCCCAGGCCGAAAAGCCAUACUUGGACCCAGCUGCUCGCUCUCAGGAAGAAGAAUUGGCUGCGCGGUAUGGCCUGCCUGUUGUCAACAAGGAUGGAACUCGUAGCGACAUGACCUCAACUUCCCGAAGCAACCCCGUUGACACGCCCAUAACAUUGAACAGUACUUCUCACACCAGUUAUAUUAUGUACUGCUCUCGAGAUUCUCCUCUUGAAAACCCCACUCUUGCAGCCAGCGAAAAUGACCCUCGAGAAAUCCUCUCCAAUCUCCGACACGCACACGACUUCUCGACAGACGACAGGUUCAUCCAGGACAUCAUUCACAACGCGCAAAAAACUUCAAUUGCUACGCUCCAAAACGAGAAAUUAGAGCUCGGCAAGGAUGGCACGAAAUACUUAUUUUCUGCACUGAAAGAGGCAUCCUCGCUUCACGCUGGCGGCAGCAGUUUGACAGAGGAAGAGCGCGUCUCGUGUUGUCUCUCCAGCGCUGUGGCCAACCGAGAUUUCAAAUCAGAACUUUCACAUCUCAUGACGGAAUUGACACAGAGCGUGAAUGAGCUGUGCAGGAAAGAAGAUCCCAUGCUUGUACUGAAUGAAGCAAUUCCCAAAUUGAUAGCGCGCGAGACGGCCAAUGGUGACGAGGGCCUCGAAUUCCCAGGUCAUUUCUGGGAACUGCCGGGCAUAGUCGAGCAGAAUUUUAAGACAGAAAAGCUAGACGCUUCCAAGGAAACCGCCAGUUUUCUCAAGAGUGCCCUGGGAUAUCUUGAUGAGAAGGAGCAUAGACGCGAGAUUGACAGAUUAUUUGAAGAUUCGGCAUUGAGUACAAGCUUGCAGGGUUGUCGUCCACGAGACAUGUCUCCGCUCUAUAUUGUUAGUGAAACGCUGGACGCAUACGACUCGCCGGAUUAUCAGAAUGAUCUGAACACCGCAGACUUGAGCCAAGGUACAGAGAACAUUUCUGCAGAAGAAAAACAUACCAAUGAGCCUCAGAAGCCUACUAAAAGCAAAUACUUUUCUUCUCAAACAACGCCCAAUACCGAUAAAGCUGGCAAAAGACAAAUCGAUACUGAUCAUCAAACGACCAUAGAGCCGGACAGGGUUGAAAUUGAAACAAGUGAAACAGUGCCGGAGGAACCCAUUCAAACCAAGGAGACUGUUUCAAAUAAUCCGAAAGAAUCACCAACAAAUCAGGAAGUUGUCUCUUGCACCCCCGAAUCCAGACACCAGUCACCAGAAGAUGUGAACAGUUUUAACAUCCCACCAUCCCUAGGAACAUUAUCAUCAUUCAUGCAAACCAGAGGCCACAAAAACAAACGUCGAAAAAUCCAAAACACAAGUUCGUAUUUCAACGGUCCCACUGCACCUAUACUGGAUACUAGAAGAGCGACGAACGCCGAGAGGAACCCUCCUGAACAAUCAGAACUUCACAAAACUCCCACCAAUGAUUGCGAUUCAUAUCCUCAAUUCCCUCCGAGAGAAUCAAAACAGCCUCUACUAUUGAUUCUUUCUACAUCCCUUCUACAUACCAAUCGCUCUCUUGUCAAUUCACUCGAAAGCUUGUCCUCCCCGACAUCACGGUUGAUAUUCCGUGACUACACAACUCGGAAUUCAGCCGCGUUGGACUCCAACAUCGUCGAAGAAGCAGAUAUAAUUCCUUCUCCUAAACAGGCAUUCUAUUAA